GCCUACUGAGAAGGAUCUCUACAUGGACCACCACCACCUCAGCUACAGGUCUGCCCACCAUAGAACCAGGACCUGUACGCAGAGACCGCUCUGCCAGCAUCAAACCCCUCCACGACAGUCCACCAUGCAGGUAGCAUGCACUAUCCCCUACUACCUUUUUCUCUCCAUCUCUCUCUCUCAAUUCAAUUUCAAUUUCAAUUCAAUUUGAAUUCAAUUCAAUUCAAUUUCAAUUCAAUUCAAUUUCAAUUCAAUUUCAAUUCAAUUCAAUUUCAAUUUAAUUUAAGGGCUUUAUUGGCAUGGGAAACGUGUGUUAACAUUGCCAAAGCAAGUGAAGUAGAUAGUAAACAAAAGUGAAAUAAACAAUAAAUAUUAACAGUAAACAUUACACUCAGAAGUUUCAAAAGAAUAAAGACAUUUCAAAUGUCAUAUUAUGUAUAUAUACAGUGUUGUAACAAUGUGCAAAUAGUUAAAGUACAAAUGGGAAAAUAAAUAAACAUAAAUAUUGGUUGUAUUUACAAUGAUGUUUGUUCUUCACUGGUUGCCCUUUUCUUGUGGCAACAGGUCACAAAUCUUGCAGCUGUGAUGGCACACUGGUUUUUUACCCAGUAGAUAAGGGAGUUUAUCAAAAUUGGGUUUGUUUUCGAAUUCUUUGUGGAUCGCUGUAAUCUGAGGCAAAUAUGUGUCUCUAAUAUGGUCAUACAUUUGGCAGGAGGUUAGGAAGUGCAGCUCAGUUUCCAUCUCAUUUUGUGGGAAGUGUGCACAUAGCCUGUCUUCUCUUGAGAGCCAGGUCUGCCUACGGCGGCCUUUCUCAAUAGCAAGGCUAUGCUCACUGAGUCUGUACAUAGUCAAAGCUUUCCUUAAGUUUGGGUCUGUCACAGUGGUCAGGUAUUCUGCCACUGUGUACUCUCUGUUUAGGGCCAAAUAGCAUUCUAGUUAGCUCUGUUUUUUUGUUUGUUCUUUCCAAUGUGUCAAGUAAUUCUCUUUUUGUUUUCUCAUGAUUUGGUUGGGUCUAAUUGUGUUGUUGUUGUUGUUGUUGUCCUGGGGCUGUGUGGGGUCUGUUUGUGUUUGUGAACAGAGCCCCAGGACAAGCUUACUUAGGGGACUCUUCUCCAAGUUCAUCUCUCUGUAGGUGAUGGCUUUGUUAUGGAAGGUUUGGGAAUCGCUUCCUUUUAAGUGGUUAUAGAAUUUAACGGCUCUUUUCUGGAUUUUGAUAAUUAGCGGGUAUUGGCCUAAUUCUGCUCUGCAUGCAUUAUUUGGUGUUUUACGUUGUACAUUGUUCUCUCUCUCUCUCUCUCUUUCUCCUUCUCCCUCUCUCACUCCUAGACAACCACUAUGCAGGUAGCAGCCCCUCUCCUCUUCGAUAGACUCCCUCUCUCUCUGUUCGUCAUUUUUUAUUUUUUAUUUUUUACAUUUUUAGUCAUUUAGCAGACGCUCUUAUCCAGAGCGACUUACAGUUAGUGAGUGCAUACAUUUUCAUACUGGCCCCCUGUGGGAAACGAACCCACAACCCUGGUGUUGCAAGCGCCAUGCUCUACCAACUGCCAUGCUCUACGUCCAGACAUCAGACUUGCUUCCUGCUGCUCGAGAUGCUUUUCGAAGGGGUCAUCCUGAGGCCAGCAGUCCUCAUAAGGCCCUCCCCAGCUGCAAACCUUCCUCCUUUAUUGCCCGUCACAGUAGUGAAAUAUUAGACCUAUAAUGCACGCGCAACACUGACAUAUUUUCUUAGUCGUGAAUGAUGGAUGGGUCAUGUGGGAGUUUGAACUGGAGAAUGUAGGAUGUUAUAUGUGUAUGUCUGUCUUUGAAGGAGACUGGUCUGUUUGUGGCUCCAGUCCUGUGGAGUGCUCCUCCAAGGCAGCUGGCCUACAUCUGUACAGAAAGACAGAGUUUUAGCGUCCAGCAGUCUGUUGCCCAAUCCUAAACUGACCCUAGUCCUCUACUUCCUACCCUUUACUCUCUAACCCCUACCUCCUAGCACUUUGUAGAUCCUAAAGAUUUGGAUAUGAGAUGAUAGGAUUCUUUGUAAGGAACAUGCAGAAUGAACCACCUAACCUGAGAUGAUAGGAUUCUUUGUAAGGAACAUGCAGAAUAAACCACCUAACUUGAGAUGAAAGGAUUCUUUGUAAGGAACAUGCAGAAUGAACCACUUAACCUGAGAUGAUAGGAUUCUUUGUAAGGAACAUGCAGCAUAAACCACCUAACCUGAGAUGAUAGGAUUAUUUGUAAGGAACAUGCAGAAUAAACCACCUAACCUGAGAUGAUAGGAUUAUUUGAGACAUAAAGACGAUAAUGCAAACCACUUUUGGGAUUCAUUCCAUUUCCACUCUGUGUCAGGCUCAGAACUAGCUGUUCUCUCCGGGGACCAAUCUGUGUUGUUCUGGCCAAAACAACAUCCCUUUUGGUGCUAUUAUUUAUCAUCUAAAUUGUUCCUCUGUUUGAGAUAUUGGUUGAAGGUCAGAGUUGAACAGUUAAUCCUGAAGUCAGAUGGGUAUCUGCAGACUUCAGUCUGGCUCUUUCGCGGCUUCCUGGAGACUAAACGUUCUAGAAUAAAUGUCCCAGGGAGAUUUUUAUCCUGUCUGUCAGAGUGGGCUUAAAAUACUGCUGGGGUCACCACUCAGUACACUCAUAGAAAAAAGGGUUCCAAAAGGGUUAUUUGGUUGUCUCCAUAGGAUAAUUAGUUUUGGUUCCAUCUGUGGAAAUGGUUCUACAUGGAACCCAAAAGGGUUCUUCAAAGGGUUCUCCUAUGGGGACAGCCGAAGAACCCUUUUAGGUUCUAGAUAGCACUUUUUGUUUCUAAGAGUGUAGGGCUCAUUUCAUGGAGAUGAUGGUAUUAUGGUAGUGUCUGAUCUAACUGUAAUUGGAGAAAGUAUACUGUCGCUCUAGGAACAAACUGGAUGUGUACGAGAUUUUCAGCCACGCUUCAGGGACAAUGGAAGUUGAAUAGAUGCUCUGUUUAAUUGCAAAAAGCAACACAGUUCAGUAUAACAUGGUUCAACAGACUGCUUCCUUUUACAGUGCAGACUGUGGUUGUGAUAUCCUGUGUGUUAGAGUAUUGUGACUUACUGAGGUUUUGAUAUCCUGUGUGUUUUCCAGCAUGGUGAACAGUGAGUCGUGGAACAGCGCUGUAAUGCUCACCAUCUCUAAGAGUCGCUCCAUGUCUGCCUCCUACGCUGCUUCAGCCACCUCCAACCACCUCUACAACAGACGAAUGACCAGACCAGGUGUGUGUGUGCGUGUGUGUGUGUGUGUGUGUGUGUGUGUGUGUGUGUGUGUGUGUGUGAGCAGAUGCUGAGUGAAAUUCAAAUUUUACGGGGCCAUGUAAGAGAUGCAAGAGACGGGUUACCCAUUCUCUGUCCAUUCAGUGUGUGUUUGUGCCUAUGUUGGUGCAUGUGUGCAUGUGUGUGUGCAUGUGUGUAAUUGUGUGUGGGCAGUUCUAUUUAGUCUUUGUUUAAAUCAUGAUCUGAUUUGUUACAUUUUGCUGAAUCAGUCUUCCCUCCUAAUAACCCUGUUCUCUCUUCAGGUUACCCCCCCUCCAACAUAUCACCUCUGGCCUCUCCCUGCCACUCCCCUCCGGUCCAGGGGACCCCUGUCUCCAGCCCCACCACCAAGUCCUGCUCUGUGGACCUACCGGACCCUGUGGACAGCCAGGGAGAGAGGCCUAUGGCCCCCCGGGCCCCACACAGAGCUUUAACACACAGCAUCAGUGCACCUAGCUCCACCACACCGCACUGGGGGCCACCAUCGCUCUGCAGCAGGUAACACACACACAUGUGGACAUACACACAUUCUUAUAUAUAUACACAAAACAGAUACUGUCCUUUUUGCUGUCACAAAGAGGUACCUCAUACAGAACAUACACACAGAUAAAAGAUUGAACAUUGCAUUCUUGCCCGUUACUUCACUGAUAAUUGGCAGCGUUGUCUAGAAGACACUGAAGCAGAGACUGAGGAAGUUGUGCAUGUAGCUAGCUAUAAGCUCAGCCUCGCUGAAUCGGAGAUGAGACAUUGUUUAAUGGCAUUAUGCUGGUUCACUGUCCUGUGUGUGUUUCUGUUCUGUCUGUUCGCGAGUGCAUGUGUGUGUCUUACAAUGGGAGAGAGAUGAGUAACCAGUCACGUCAUGAGCCUGUACUGAGAGAGGACAGAGAGCGAGAGCGAGACAGAUAGAGGGGGAGGGAGACAAGGAGAGAUGAAGAGACUUCCUCUGAGGCACAUGGACUCACGCCAGAGAAAGAGAGAGAGGAGUUAGACAGUCAAAGAGAGAGAGAAAUAGAUAGAAAGAGACUUCCUCUGAGGCAUUUGGACUCACGCCAGAGAGUCACAGAGAAGGUUCCGCUGCAAUGUUCUAAGACAAGAGGACAUGGAUAAGGAGUACAGGUUGUCUUUAUAGCGGCAACAAGAUGUUACAACAAGAAAUACAUAAAGACAAUGAUGAAGGGCACAAUGUGGGAGGGUUAUAAGUGUUGAGAUGGCGGACAUAAAAGAAACGAUAAAGUAAGUGAUGGAGGCCAGGGCUGUGUUGUUGACAUGGGAAGGGAGUACUGGGGUGUAUUCACUAGGAACUAAACGGAAACAAACGGGGAGGGACCUACCUGAACUUGUCCAAUAGAAACUCUCGUUUUCGUUGCACUAGUGGAUAUGAUUGGCUGAGAGAAAUUGAUGAUAAAAGAUUGUGGGAGCUGUUUUGUUAGACCUCAGUGCGGCUUUUGACAUUAUCGACAUCUAACAGAAGACAGAGGGUGUUCUUUAAUGAAAGCCUAUCCAACAUAAUCCAGGUUGAAUCAGUAAUUCCCCAGCGCAGCUGUCUAGGCCCUUUUCUGUUUUUCAAUCUUUACUAAUGUCAUGCCACUGGCUUUGAGUAAAGCCAGUGUGUUAUGUAUUCAGAUGACUCAACACUAUACACGUCAGCUACUACAGGGAGUGAAAUUACUGCAACACUUAACAAAGAGCUGCAGUCAGUUUCAGAAUGGGUGUCAAGAAAUAAGUUAGUCCUAAAUAUUUCAAAAACUAAAAGCAUUGUAUUUGGGUUAAAUCAUUCACUAAACCCUAAACCUCAACUAAAUAUUGUAAUGAAUAAUGUGGAAAUUGAGCAAAUAGAGGUGAGUAAACUGCUUGGAGUAACCCUGGAUUGUAAACUGUUAUGGUCAAAACAUGUUGAUGCAACAGUAGCUAAGAUGGGGAGAAGUCUGUCCAUAAUAAAGCGCUGCUCUGCCUUCUUAAGAACACUAUCAACAAGGCAGGUCCUACAGGCCCUAGUUUUGUCGCACCUGGACUACUGUCCAGUCAUGUGGUCAGGUGCCAUAAAGAAGGACUUAGGAAAACUACAAUUGGCUCAGAACAGGGCAGCACGGCUGGCCCUUAAAUGUACAUGGAGUGCUAACAUUAAUAAUAUUCAUGUCAAUCUCUCAUGGCUCAAAGUAGAGGAGAGAUUGACUUCAUCACUACUUGUUUUUGUAAGAAGUAUUGACAUGCUGAAUGCACCGAGCUGUCUGUUUAAACUACUAGCACACAGCUCAGACACUCAUGCAUACCCCACAAGACAUGCCACCAGAGGUCUCUUCACAAUCCCCAAGUCCAGAACAGACGAUGGGAGGCGCACAGUACUACAUAGAGCCAUGGCUACAUGGAACUCUAUUCCACAUCAAGUAACUAAUGCAAGCAGUAGAAUCAGAUUUAAAAAACAGAUAAAAAUACACCUUAUGGAACAGCGAGGACUGUGAAGAGACACAUACACAGGCACAGACACACGCAUACACAUACACAUACACACGAUAACACACACACUCUACACACACGUACACAUGGAUUUUGUAUUGUAGAUAUGUAGAAGUAGAGUAGUGGCCUGAGGGCACACACUUAAUGUGUUAUGAAAACUGUUAUGAAAUGUAAUGUCAUGUAAUAUUUUUUAUUCUAUAUAACUACCUUAAUGUUGCUGGACCCCAGGAAGAGUAGCUGCUGCCUUGGCAGCAGCUAAUGGGGAUCCAUAAUAAAUAAAAAUACAAAAAUACACCCCUGGAUCUGGUUGUGUUGAAAGGAAUAAUGUUGUUGAUCCUGGUUCAGCUAGAACAGCUGGUCUGAUGAUCUGAGAAGUGAUCACUAAUCUGGACUCUUUAGCCUUUUAACUGGCCUUGCUUCCUCUAAUGCUACUGAGGCGGUUAACUCCUCUCUUAUCCUCUUGUUCUCUUUUCUCCUCUCCCAUGAGAUAUGAAUGGAGAGCCUUUUUUAAAUUGUAGUUGUUUACAUGUUUGAAUAUCCUUUGUUUAUCUCUCAGCUGUGGUAGACCGUACAGCAGGCUGAGCCAUGGGGAGGGAUCUAUUGACAAAGGGGACAGAAUACCCCACCCUGGUAAGCAGUAAAAGGACACUAUUAUCUACUUAAGCAAUAAGGCCCGAGAGAGUGUGGUAUAUGGCCAAUAUACCACGGCUAAGGGCUGUUCAUAAGCACGAUGCAACGCGGAGUGCCUGGAUACAGCUCUUAGCCGUGGUAUUUUGGCCAUAUACCACAAACCCCCUGAGGUGCCUAAUUGCUAUUAUAAACUGUUACCAACGUAAUUAGAGCAGUAAAAAUAACUGUUUUGUCAUACCUGUGGUAUACAUCUAUAUACCACGACUGCCAGCCAAUCAGCAUCAGAGCUUGAACCACCCAGUUUUAAUUUCCUAUAUGUCAGUCUUCCCUCCUAUGACCCUGUUUCCUGUCAGGUCCCCCUCCUACACCCCCCCCUGGCCUCCCGCACUCCCCUCCGUCCGGACCCCUGUCCUCAGCCCACCACCAACCUGUCUGUGGACCUACCGACCCUGUGGACAGCCAGGAAGGGCCAUGGCCCCCCGGGCCCCACACAGAGCUUUAACACACAGCAUCAGUGCACCUAGCUCCACCACAACCGACUGGGGGCCACCAUCGCUCUGCAGCAGGUACACCACACACCAUGUGGACAUACACACAUUCUUAUAUAUAUAACACAAAACAGAUACUGUCUUUUGCUGUCACAAAGAGGUACCUCAUACAGAACAUACACACAGAUAAAAGAUUGAACAUUGCAUUCUUGCCCGUUACUUCACUGAUAAUUGGCAGCGUUGUCUAGAAGACACUGAAGCAGAGACUGAGGAAGUUGUGCAUGUAGCUAGCUAUAAGCUCAGCCUCGCUGAAUCGGAGAUGAGACAUUGUUUAAUGGCAUUAUGCUGGUUCACUGUCCUGUGUGUGUUUCUGUUCUGUCUGUUCGCGAGUGCAUGUGUGUGUCUUACAAUGGGAGAGAGAUGAGUAACCAGUCACGUCAUGAGCCUGUACUGAGAGAGGACAGAGAGCGAGAGCGAGACAGAUAGAGGGGGAGGGAGACAAGGAGAGAUGAAGAGACUUCCUCUGAGGCACAUGGACUCACGCCAGAGAAAGAGAGAGAGGAGUUAGACAGUCAAAGAGAGAGAGAAAUAGAUAGAAAGAGACUUCCUCUGAGGCAUUUGGACUCACGCCAGAGAGUCACAGAGAAGGUUCCGCUGCAAUGUUCUAAGACAAGAGGACAUGGAUAAGGAGUACAGGUUGUCUUUAUAGCGGCAACAAGAUGUUACAACAAGAAAUACAUAAAGACAAUGAUGAAGGGCACAAUGUGGGAGGGUUAUAAGUGUUGAGAUGGCGGACAUAAAAGAAACGAUAAAGUAAGUGAUGGAGGCCAGGGCUGUGUUGUUGACAUGGGAAGGGAGUACUGGGGUGUAUUCACUAGGAACUAAACGGAAACAAACGGGGAGGGACCUACCUGAACUUGUCCAAUAGAAACUCUCGUUUUCGUUGCACUAGUGGAUAUGAUUGGCUGAGAGAAAUUGAUGAUAAAAGAUUGUGGGAGCUGUUUUGUUAGACCUCAGUGCGGCUUUUGACAUUAUCGACAUCUAACAGAAGACAGAGGGUGUUCUUUAAUGAAAGCCUAUCCAACAUAAUCCAGGUUGAAUCAGUAAUUCCCCAGCGCAGCUGUCUAGGCCCUUUUCUGUUUUUCAAUCUUUACUAAUGUCAUGCCACUGGCUUUGAGUAAAGCCAGUGUGUUAUGUAUUCAGAUGACUCAACACUAUACACGUCAGCUACUACAGGGAGUGAAAUUACUGCAACACUUAACAAAGAGCUGCAGUCAGUUUCAGAAUGGGUGUCAAGAAAUAAGUUAGUCCUAAAUAUUUCAAAAACUAAAAGCAUUGUAUUGGGUUAAAUCAUUCACUAAACCCUAAACCUCAACUAAAUAUUGUAAUGAAUAAUGUGGAAAUUGAGCAAAUUGAGGUGAGUAAACUGCUUGGAGUAACCCUGGAUUGUAAACUGUUAUGGUCAAAACAUGUUGAUGCAACAGUAGCUAAGAUGGGGAGAAGUCUGUCCAUAAUAAAGCGCUGCUCUGCCUUCUUAAGAACACUAUCAACAAGGCAGGUCCUACAGGCCCUAGUUUUGUCGCACCUGGACUACUGUCCAGUCAUGUGGUCAGGUGCCAUAAAGAAGGACUUAGGAAAACUACAAUUGGCUCAGAACAGGGCAGCACGGCUGGCCCUUAAAUGUACAUGGAGUGCUAACAUUAAUAAUAUUCAUGUCAAUCUCUCAUGGCUCAAAGUAGAGGAGAGAUUGACUUCAUCACUACUUGUUUUUGUAAGAAGUAUUGACAUGCUGAAUGCACCGAGCUGUCUGUUUAAACUACUAGCACACAGCUCAGACACUCAUGCAUACCCCACAAGACAUGCCACCAGAGGUCUCUUCACAAUCCCCAAGUCCAGAACAGACGAUGGGAGGCGCACAGUACUACAUAGAGCCAUGGCUACAUGGAACUCUAUUCCACAUCAAGUAACUAAUGCAAGCAGUAGAAUCAGAUUUAAAAAACAGAUAAAAAUACACCUUAUGGAACAGCGAGGACUGUGAAGAGACACAUACACAGGCACAGACACACGCAUACACAUACACAUACACACGAUAACACACACACUCUACACACACGUACACAUGGAUUUUGUAUUGUAGAUAUGUAGAAGUAGAGUAGUGGCCUGAGGGCACACACUUAAUGUGUUAUGAAAACUGUUAUGAAAUGUAAUGUCAUGUAAUAUUUUUAUUCUAUAUAACUACCUUAAUGUUGCUGGACCCCAGGAAGAGUAGCUGCUGCCUUGGCAGCAGCUAAUGGGGAUCCAUAAUAAAUAAAAAUACAAAAAUACACCCCUGGAUCUGGUUGUGUUGAAAGGAAUAAUGUUGUUGAUCCUGGUUCAGCUAGAACAGCUGGUCUGAUGAUCUGAGAAGUGAUCACUAAUCUGGACUCUUUAGCCUUUUAACUGGCCUUGCUUCCUCUAAUGCUACUGAGGCGGUUAACUCCUCUCUUAUCCUCUUGUUCUCUUUUCUCCUCUCCCAUGAGAUAUGAAUGGAGAGCCUUUUUUAAAUUGUAGUUGUUUACAUGUUUGAAUAUCCUUUGUUUAUCUCUCAGCUGUGGUAGACCGUACAGCAGGCUGAGCCAUGGGGAGGGAUCUAUUGACAAAGGGGACAGAAUACCCCACCCUGGUAAGCAGUAAAAGGACACUAUUAUCUACUUAAGCAAUAAGGCCCGAGAGAGUGUGGUAUAUGGCCAAUAUACCACGGCUAAGGGCUGUUCAUAAGCACGAUGCAACGCGGAGUGCCUGGAUACAGCUCUUAGCCGUGGUAUUUUGGCCAUAUACCACAAACCCCCUGAGGUGCCUAAUUGCUAUUAUAAACUUGUUACCAACGUAAUUAGAGCAGUAAAAAUAACUGUUUUGUCAUACCUGUGGUAUACCAUCUGAUAUACCACGACUGCCAGCCAAUCAGCAUUCAGAGCUUGAACCACCCAGUUUAUAAUUCUCCAUAUAUGUCUUGCCUCUUAGUGUUACAUUUCUAUCUGCCACAUCGUGAACGUGUCAACCACCUGACUUAACCCCUGACCCCUGAUCUGUCCUGUCCAAUAAGAUGACCCGGCAGUGGCGUCGUCAGACUAUGAGAGCACCUACGAGACCAACCACAGUGACAGCAGUGACUUUGCACAGAACGAGGAGGACAGGGAGGGGGUCAAGAAUCCCUCGGACACCCAGGAUGGGUGCAGGUCGUACCAGCCUGAGGGCAUCGUCCUGCACCCCCUACUGCCACCUCCAGAGGUAGGUUCCACUAUAGAAAUGCAUUGAGUGGAAUGAAAAUGGGUCUACAAAUAGGCUAAACAUUUCAUGGCUGCAAUAUCAAUCAAUCAACACAUUAUGAAAUUAUGCAUUUGAUUCGAAGAGGAAAUACCAAAUAACACGCUAUUUCCCUAUACAGUGCACUACCCUACUUGUAACAAACUAUUUCCCAUAGCCACUUGAAAUGACACCUGACCCUUGAUCCUGACCCCUGACAUCUAGGACACACAGCCCAUCCUGGCCCCAGAGCCUCUGGUGAUGUCAGAGCUGGAUCCUCUGAUGACUCAACUCAACAGCUGGAACUUCCCCAUCUUCAACCUGGUGGAGAAAACACACGGCCGCUCAGGAUGCAUCCUCAGCCAGGUGAGAACAGGCCUCAGCCAGGUGACAACAUGCUACAGCCAGGUGAGACUUAGCUAGGUGAGACUUAGCUAGGUGAGAACCAGUGAGUACAGAUGAGAACAGCGCAUCUUCAACCUGGCGGAGAAGACACACUGACAGUCUGGCUGCAUCCUCAGCCAGGUAAGGAUAGAAACAGCCUUAGUCAGGUGAGGACAGGUGAGACUUAGCUAGGUGAGGAUAGUCUUCAACCGGGUGGAGAAAACCCACGGCCGAUUAGGCUGCAUCCUCAGCCAGGUAAGGUUAGCCACUGUAGAGCCAAGUGAGAAAAUCCCAGACCCAUCCAGGUAAGGAUAGGUAUACAGGUAUGAAUACUGCGGAAAAAACAGUCCAAGUGAGAAUGGCUCAGACUUCAAAUCAAACUUUAAUUAAAAUUCAUUUAAAAUUGCAACACAAUUAAGAAAAUACAUUACGACAAUACAAUGAAAUAAAAAGCUAACAGGAAGCUGUAAAAAGGAUGAAUAAAAAUAACAUAGAACACAGAUGAUGUUAAAACAGUCACUGAUUAAAGGCCAAGCUAAAAAGGUGGGGUUUUAAACAUGAUGUAAAAGCCUCAAUGGUGUCUGCCCCUCUUACCUGACAGCGCAAGCUGUUCCAUAACUGAGGGGCUUGAUAGAUAGAGAAUGAUCUGCUUCCGGAUUUGUCCAUCGAGUGAAGACUGUGAAUAAAGCACUGUGAAUAAAGCACUGUGAGAUAUGGGUGGGAUUACACUGCCAUCUACUGGUUGAAACAGGAGUUACAAGUUAUUGGAAUUGCAGUGUACUGCAAACCAAGACAGCAGUAGGGUCAUUCCACGAAAUUAGUCCCAUUUGGGUGGUGUAACUUGGUGAAAAACAACUUUUUAUUUCACCUAAUUUUAACAUUCUGUCAUGAAGAGCACAUGUUCAACUUAAUAAAAAACAUGUUCUCCGAUCUCUAGAGGUUAAUAAAAAAUGAUAUAGUAAGUGCCUAUUAAGUGCCAAAUAAAGUAAGAGUUGACCGUAACAGGGUUGACGAUUUCAUCUUAAAUCAGCCAGAAAUGUCCUUGUGACAGGUGGAAUGGAAGAUUGUUGUGUGCAACAGGGAGGGCCAAUUGAACGCAAGCUUCACCAACAAAAAUCAAAUUGUUAAAGUAACUGUCAGUGUUUCCAGAUUUCUAUGAAAUAUGACCUAUAAUGAAUUACAAUAUGAGUGAAAUAGUGUUAAUUAAGUAUGUAAAAAAAACAUAUUUUCUGUGUUCGAAUGGUGGUCUACUCAUAACAGAAUAUGAGUAGACCACUGAUUGGCCAGCUCAUCCCCUAUGAGGAAAUAGCAAGCAUUUUUGAAACAGUCUGUUUGAGAUACAGAUUUGAGGUGGGGGUUUUAUGUGUUUUUCUUCUCCAAUUUAUGCUUUGGCCACAAAUACGAGUAUAGGAUGAGUCAACAACAUUAUUUGGGUAUGAGUUAACAGAAUAUAACAUUUUAAAAGUGAGAUUUUCACUGUAAAGUUACUUUAAAACAUUUCUAGACUGUUUAUCUAUCUAUGGGUAACAGGGUUGACGUGUUAUGCUCGACCCACUAAGUUUCCCAACACAAAGCACCAGAAAAUGGCCAGAAAGAGUAGACCCAGCUCACCUGCUUUUACAAUAUGAUUUGAUUAUUAGAUGUAAAAAAAUUAUUUUGAAACAAAUAUUUAAAAGGAAUAAUUUCACCAUAUUAAAACAAGAAUUCAGUUCACUUAACAGGGCUGACCUUAAAAUGAGGGACGGGUUGUUGGUUUUUGACCUUAAAAUGAAUCACUAAUCACAUGAAAUAAAUAAAAAGCUUUGACUUUAUCAAAGCAACAAAAUAACUAGGGCUUUACUAUGACGGUGAAAACUUGGAGAGAUUUUGGGAUUAAAUGGGUUAAAAUCUUGCUAGAAGUUACAUAUGGUGCACAGAGGCAUAGCCACGGCAAGUAGUGGUGCUGAGGUGCUGCAGCACUGACAAAUCAGAAUACAUUUUUGUAUUAAUAAACAUUUGUAUUUUGGGGGGGGGGUAAUUAUUUUUUCACUAAAGUAGUGCACUGGGCCUUUACAUGGGCCUUUACGUGAACAAAAUAUGCACACGUGGCUACAUGCAGCUCUCGCUUUUAUCUCAAAACAAAUGCAUCUACUCACAACUGCUCAUUCUGUAAACACAGUCCAGUUCAAAGUAAAUAGCACAGAUCCAUAUGUGGCAAUGGUCUAUUUGCAUAUAGGCCUACUGCAGCUCUGAUUGUUAAUGCCACACCAGUCUGUGUAGAGUACGGGCUGAGUAGUGCAUGUCAAUGCAAUAGAAUCCUACUCUGAUGCGUUCUGCCUACAACAAAAUAUCUUGCAUAGUUCGUUUUGUUUUGGUAUGUUGCCUUGAAAAUGGUGCCGGAGAGGAUAGCUGCCGUUUUACAGCCCUCUAACCAAUUGUGUUUUUUCGCGUUAUUUGUAAUUUAUUCUGUACAUAAUGUUUCUGCCAUCGUCUCUUAUAACCAAAACGAGUUUAUGGAUAUCAGGACAGUGAUUACUCACCUCGUAUUGGACAAAGAUUUUUUCUUCAACGAGUCGGACGCGAAGGAUUUCCAACAGACACCCGACAAGGCCCAAAUCCCUGUCAUUCGCAGGAGAAGGAGAUAUCAUGGACGUAGGUCGGGGUGCCUUGUAAGGAUCCGACGGCGAGCGAGUAAACUGCCUCUUCCAUCAAGCCUAUUAGCCAAUGUUCAAUCAUUUGAAAAUAAAUUAGAUUACCUAAGAUUAAGGUUAUCCUACCAACGGGACAUUAAAAACUGUAAUAUCUUAUGUUUCACCGAGUCGUGGCUGAAUGACGACAUGGACAACAUACAGCUGACGGGAUGUAUGCUACAUCGGCAGGAUAGAACGGCUGACUCCGGUAAGACAAGGGGUGGCGGUCUGUGUAUAUUUGUAAACAACAGCUGGUGCACAAAAUCAAAUACUAAGGAAGUCUCGUGGUUUUGCUCGCCUGAGGUAGAGUAUCUUAUGAUAAGCUGUAGACCACACUAAUAGCUGUGUAUUUACCACCACAAACCAAUGCUGGCAUUAGAUUGCACUCAAUGAGCUGUAUAAGGCCAUAAGUAAACAGGAAAACGCUCAUCCAGAGGCAGCGCUCCUAGUGGCCGGGGACUUUAAUGCAGGGAAACUUAAAUCCAUUCUACCUCAUUUCUACCAGCAUGUUAAAUGUGCAACCAGAGGAAAAAAAACUAUAGACCACCUUUACUCCACACACAGAGAAGCAUACAAAGCUCUCCCUCGCCCUCCAUUUGGCAAAUCUGACCAUAACUCUAUCUUCCUGAUUCCUGCUUAUAAGAAAAAACUAAAGCAGGAAGCACCAGUGACUCGGUUAAUAAAAAAGUGGUCAGAUGACGCAGAUGCUAAGCUACAGUACUGUUUUGCUAGCACAGACUGGAACAUGUUCCGGGAUUCUUCAGAUAGCAUUGAGGAGUACACCACAUCAGUCACUGGCUUCAUCAAUAAGUGCAUCGAUGACGUCGUCCCCACAGUGACCGUACGUACAUACCCCAACCAGAAGCCAUGGAUUACAGGCAACAUCCGCACUGAGCUAAAGGGUAGAGCUGCCACUUUCAAGGAGCGGGACUCUAACCCGGACGCUUAUAAGAAAUCCCGCUAUGCCCUCUGACGAACCAUCAAACAGGCAAAGAGUCAAUACUGGACUAACAUUGAAUCGUAUUACACUGGCUCUGACGCUCCUUGGAUGUGGCAGGGCUUGAAAACUAUUACAGACUACAAAGGGAAUCACAGCCGCGAGCUGCCCAGUGACACAAGCCUACCAGACAAGCUAAACCACUUCUAUGCUCGCUUCGAGGCAAGCAACACUGAAGCAUGCAUGAGAGCACCAGCUGUUCUGGAUGACUAUGUGAUCACGCUCUCCGUAGCCGAUGUGAGUAAGACUUUUAAGCAGGUCAACAUUCACAAGGCCGCAGGGCCAGAUGGAUUACCAGGACGUGUACUCCGAGCAUGUGCUGACCAACUGGCAAGUGUCUUCACUGACAUUUUCAACAUGUCCCUGACUGAGUCUGUAAUACCAACAUGUUUCAAGCAGACCACCAUAGUCCCCGUGCCCAAGGACACUAAGAUAACCUGCCUAAAUUACUACCGACCCGUAGCACUGACAUCUGUAGCCAUGAAGUGCUUUGAAAGGCUGGUCAUGGCUCACAUCAACACCAUUAUCCCAGAAACCCUAGACCCACUCCAAUUUGCAUACCGCCCCAACAGAUCCACAGAUGAUGCAAUCUCUAUUGCACUCCACACUGCCGUUUCCCACCUGGACAAGAGGAACACCUACGUGAGAAUGCUAUUAAUUGACUACAGCUCAGCGUUCAACACCAUAGUGCCCUCAAAGCUCAUCACUAAGCUAAGGAUCCUGGGACUAAACACCUCCCUCUGCAACUGGAUCCUGGACUUCCUGACGGGCCGCCCCCAGGUGGUAAGAGUAGGUAACAACACAUCAGCCACGCUGAUCCUCAACAUGGUGGUCCCUCAGGGGUGCAUGCUCAGUCCCCUCCUGUACUCCCUGUUCACCCAUGACUGCAUGGCCAGGCACGACUCCAACACCAUCAUUAAGUUUGCAGACGACACAACAGUGGUAGGCCUGAUCACCGACAACGAUGAGACAGCCUAUAGGGAGGAGGUCAGAGACCUGGCCGUGUGGUGCCAGGAUAACAACCUCUCCCUCAACGUGACCAAGACAAAGGAGAUGAUUGUGGACUACAGGAAAAAAAAGAGGACUGAGCACGCCCCCAUUCUCAUCGACGGGGCUGUAGUGGAACAGGUUGAGAGCUUCAAGUUCCUUGGUGUCCACAUCACCAACAAACUAUCAUGGUCCAAACACACCAAGACAGUCGUGAAGAGGGCAUGACAAAGCCUAUUCCCCCUCAGGAGACUGAAAAGAUAUGGCAUGGGUCCUCAGAUCCUCAAAAAAUUCUACAGCUGCACCAUCGAGAGCAUCCUGACUGGUUGCAUCACCGCCUGGUAUGGCAACUGCUCGGCCUCCGACCGCAAGGCACUACAGAGGGUAGUGCGUACAGCCCAGUACAUCACUGGGGCCAAGCUUCCUGCCAUCCAGGACCUCUAUACCAGGCGGUGUCAGAGGAAGGCCCUCAAAAUUGUCAAAGACUCCAGCCACCCUAUUCAUAGACUGUUCUCUCUGCUACCGCACGGCAAGCAGUACCGGAGCGCCAGGUCUAGGUCCAAAAGGCUUCUCAACAGCUUCUACCCCCAAGCCAUAAGACUCCUGAACAGCUAAUCAUGGCUACCCAGACUAUUUGCACUGCACCCCCACCCCCACCCCAUCUUUUUACGCUGCUGUACUCUGUUAAUUAUUUAUUCAUAGUCACUUUAACUCUACCCACAUGUACAUAUUACCUCAACUACCUCAACUAGCCGGUGCCCCCGCACAUUGACUCUGCACCGGUACCCCCCUGUAUAUAGCCUCCCUGCUGUUAUUUUAGUUUACUUCUGCUCUUUUUUUUCUCAACACUUUUUUGUUGUUGUUAUUUUAUUUUACUUUAAAAAAAAAUGCAUUGUUGGUUAAGGGCUGUAGUAAGCAUUUCACGGUAAUGUCUACACCUGUUGUAUUCGGCGCAUGUGGCAAAUAAAAUGUGAUUUGAUUUGAUUUGAUAUUGCGUUGAUUCGAUCACAAUUGCCACAGUAAAGGGAAACAUUGAUAGUGUUAACAGGGAAUACUCACUAAUCACCUGAAAUAAAUAAAAAGCUUUGACAUUAUCAAAGCAACAAAAUAACUAGGGCUUUACUAUGAUGGUGAAAACUUGGAGAGAUUUUGGGAUUAAGUGGGUUAAAAUCUUGCAAGAUGUCACAUAUGGUGCACAGAGGCAUAGCCACGGGAAGUAGGGGUGCUGAGGGUGCUGCAGCACUGAAAAAUCAGAAUAGAUUUUUGUAUUAAUAAACAUUUGUAUUUGGGGGGGGGGGGGGGGGGGGGUGAUGAUUAUUUUUUCACUAAAGUAGUGCACUGGGCCUUUACAUGGGCCUUUACGUGAACAAAAUGGGCACAUGUGGUUAAAUGCAGCUCUCGCUUUGAUCUCAAAACAAAUGCAUCUACUCACAACCGCUCAUUCUGUAAACACAGUCCAGUUCAAAGUAAAUAGCACAGAUCCGUAUAUAUGGCAAUGGUCUAUUUGCAUAUAGGCCUACUGCAGCUCUGAUUGUUAAUGCCACACCAGUCUGUGUAGAGUACAAGCUGAGUAGUGAGUGUCAAUGCAAUAGAAUCCUACUCCGAUGCGUUCUGCCUACAACAAAAUCUCUUGCAUAGUUCGUUUUGUUUCGGUAUGUUGCAUUGAAAGUGGUUAAUAUUGCGUUGGAUUCGAUCACAAUUGCCACAGUAAAGGGAAAUGUUGAUAGUGUUAUCAGGGAAUACUCUAGAACAGUGGUAAAAAAACAUUUUCUGAGUCUAGAUCACUUUGAGUCAAAAUGCAAGCCGAAAUCUACCGCUCAGAUUUUUUAAAAACAUUACUUAAAAAACGUAAGCCUAUAACCAAUUAAAAACAGCACUGUAGCAAUGAGGUUUGUGCAGUAAGCUAUAUGCCCAAUACAUUAUACCCGCAUAUUGGCUUUGCUUGAAUUGCCCUGCCAAUGCAUUGUUGUUCUGGACAUUUUUUUAAAUUAUAUUUUAAAAGGUCCGUUGUUGUAUUACUUGUGAAGCACAGCUGAGUUAGCAUACAUUUAAAUAAUUUGCUUGUUUUAUUGGGCUGAUGUUGCCUGCAUCUGAUGGUCAGUCUCAGAGGAGGGAGCGAGCAGCAGACUGAGGGUCCGCCUCUCAACAUCCCUCCGCUCCCCCUUACCAUAAAGGGACACCGUCUUCCAGAUGAUGGCGAAACCUGCACCUCAUUAGUUCUGCCUCAUGCACAAAUUCAUGUUGAUGGUCCUGUGAACAGAGAAAGUGAAAUAUUCCUCGAUAUUAAAAAAGGCCCAAGCCGCUAAUAAUAACACAAGCCUAUAGAUACACUUUCCUACUCAUUAAUUUCUGCUGCAGUGCUUGUUGUAGAGCUGAGUGGAAAUAGGAGGAACGUGCAUUUGAUGUCUUAUAAAAGUGUUGAAUACAAAGUGUUGACAGAGUAAGAACUUAAACAUGAACUCACUCAUAAAAACAGAAUCUCUUUGCUGUAUUCGUUGACAGUCUCUCUCUAGUCAUGGUUUUGAAAUCUCACAGUAUCAACUUUGCUGUAGCUUUCUUUUAUGCCUGCUACGUUACUGCAGAUACGGUCAUCUGAGCCAUUCGAUUGGCCAGCGGUAGGCAUAUAGUGCACUUGAUUUGCUCUCUGGGCCCGCCAGGAAGGCAGAGUUUGUACCUUCAGACACAUGAAAUGCGCGCAGGGCAGCUGAAUCGAGCGCACCUAAUGCCAAUAGCCGGAGACGAAUAAAAGAAAAAAAGGAAUGCGAGGCUUUAUCGUUGUUUUUUUUACAGAAAUGUUUGGCGAACAAUUAGGAAUGCCUUGGAGAUCUGCUCUAGAAAGUUGAGUGGAAUUCAAUCUCGUGCUUCUCAGUGGGCUAAUAUUUCUGCGCGGCAGUCCCUGGGGAGCUGCGCGGCAAUCUCGGGGCUGCUGCGCGGUAUAGAGGGAACAUUGACCCCCACCCCCAUACUCACCCGGCUAUGCACAAUGCAUGUCAAAAUACAGAAUUUUGCAGAAAGACUUUAAUCAUAUAAAACAAUCAGAUGUAUUGAAUUUUCCAUGGGGCUAUAUUAAAGGGCACUUGAUUUAAUAUAACAGGCUUUUAAUUCAAUAUUGGUGCACAAUUUCUACUUAAAAUAUCAAAGGGAUGUAAAAGUGACUCAUUUCGUGGAAUGACCCAGUAGCAGCGUCACAGCUUCAGGUGUGAAGAGAAUAACUAGGUGGAUGGGAUAACGGUUGUCCUAUGUGUGUUCCAGGUUUCCUACCGCCUGUUUGAGGACACGGGACUGUUUGAGAUGUUCAAGAUUCCUGUCAGGGAGUUCAUGAACUAUUUCCAUGCUCUGGAGAAUGGAUACAGGGACAUCCCAUGUGAGCAAACAUUACAAGCAAUCCUCUUUGUGAAAAUGCUUUGUAAUACACACACAGUUACAUCAAGUACUCAAGAAUAUCAAAAACAUUUGAAUAAACUACCAUAAUCCAAACUCUAUGCGGUUGUGGUGGCAGCACUGCCUAUUUUAUCCACAAAAGGAAGGUAUUGGCAUUAUCAAUGCAAUCACAGCACUAUUUCUGUUCCCUCUACCUCCGUCUCUGUAUGGUUUGUGAGGUGUCAUUAUCACCUAGUGGACUAAGUUAGUAUUACAGUUGGCAUCUCCUCUCCCUCCCCAUGCAGACCACAACAGGAUCCAUGCCACUGACGUGCUCCAUGCCGUGUGGUACCUCACCACCCAGGCCGUGCCAGGCCUGCCCAACCUCCUCACAGACCACAGCUCAGACUCUGGUGAGUACACACACACACACGCAUAUGCAAAUACAAGUGUACACACAUGCACCGACACAUACAACCGCACAACCACACACACGUGCGCACACACGAAAGAGGACAGGUAUACAGUAGGCUUAUUAACUUCUGCCCCACAUUUUCCAUUAUGUACUAUGGCUCUUUUCCUCCACUUGCCAUUCCUUUGUGUUCUGACGGAGGCUAAUAUCCUAUGUCUAUAAGCCUACUGUUGUAUGCCUGUUGCUGAUGGGAGCCAGGUAAACCCAUUCCCUCUGGGGCUCAAUUAGCUGCUGUAUAUUCAUUCAUACACACCAACCACAUCAGUAGGUUAUGUGAAAUGGCAUAAUACUGUUUAACAUCCGCCUUACAGUGUGCAGACUGGAGGCAGUGGAAGUUCACAGAAUAGUGUUUCCAGUGAGAUCGACAGUUCUUUUACCUCAUGUUCACUAUGUAGAGCUAUUACAAGAAGCCUAUCUCCUCCAGUCAUAGUUACACAACAGACACAAUGUCAACACGUUGAUCUUGACCUGUUUGAUCUUUACACAACCUGUCUGACUGGGCUGGCAGAUGGCCUACUCUGAUGGCUGAGGUCUGAUGUCUGUCUGGGGCAGGGUGACUGGCUGUCUGUCAGGCUGGCUAGCUAUGUUGUUUUCUGAUGCUCAUGUCAUCCCAUACACACAUUUGCCCACACAUUAGCACGCUGACCGUACACACAUGCAAGUGUGCCUGCACCCGUUGACCCAAGCGUUUUGUACUAAAGUUUCCGAUUUGUCACGACAAUGCCCAUCACCCCUCACCUCAUUUACCUGCGUAUCUAUCUCUCUGACCCUUCUAUCCCUGUGUGUGUGUCCCCAGACUCUGACAGUGGGACUCCUCACCCCCAGCCAUCCCAGCCAUAUAGGCCAUACAGGGUUCCUGGUUUCUAAGAUGUCUGCAGUGAUGGAGGAGGGUUAUGGCUGUCUGUCUGGCCUCAUCCCAUCCCUGGAGCUCAUGGCUCUAUAUGUGGCUGCAGCCAUGCACGACUACGACCACCCUGGACGGACCAACGCUUUCCUUGUGGCAACUAGCGCUCCUCAGGUAGGAAGAGAGAGAGGGAAGGAGGGAGGAAGAAGAGGGAGAGGAUGGAUGGGUUGGAUGGAUGAAUGGAUCUAACUAAAGGAACUGUAAAGGUGAAAACAAAGUCCCAGUAGAUGUCCACCAAUAAAACUUGAAUAUCUUGUGUUCUUCUCAGAUCAGUGAAGAGAUAACUGGAGGAAGACAAAGGGACCACUGAGAUGCACCAAUGAUAACUAAUGAGUGACAUGUUGCUUUCUGUCUCCCCCGGUAGGCCGUGCUAUAUAACGACCGCUCAGUGUUAGAGAACCACCACGCUGCGUCAGCCUGGAACCUGUUCAUGUCCCGGCCAGAGUACAACUUCUUGGGCAACCUGGAGCAUGUGGAGUUCAAACGCUUCCGCUUCCUGGUCAUCGAGGCCAUCCUCGCCACCGACCUCAAGAAACACUUUGACUUCCUGGCAGAGUUCAACGCCAAGGUAAACACAACCGAUGGUCUGGAGCUUCUAUUCUAUACAUUUCUCUUUGAUGUAUGUACAACGUAUCUACAGCUGAAUGGACUGAAGCACUAUGUCAUUUUCUCUGAUGGUUGACAAAACUUACAGUAUGUCAGGAACAACCCUGUAGGAGAAGAUCUGAGGUUCUUUUCCUCAGAACCUUUUCCCUUAUGCUCUCCUCGCUUCUCUCUGAUAAAUUGAAAGGAGGUAGGGAUAGAGGAUGUGAGGACGCGAGAAAGACAUUUGAGAUUCAUUUACCCCUUGCUUCUCUCCAGGUGGGUGCUGACGGCUGCUUGGGCAUCGACUGGUCCAAUGAGAAUGACCGGUUGCUGGUGUGUCAGAUGUGCAUUAAACUGGCGGACAUCAACGGCCCACUGAAACACAAGGACCUGCAUCUACAGUGGACCGAGGGCAUCGUCAAUGAGUUCUAUGAACAGGUGAGAUCCAAAUCGAUCCUAGCCCCUACACCCUAGCCUCCACACCAAGGAGGGGCAAAGUACGGCCCACGAUACAUUUUUUUAAUGUAUUAAAUAUUAUUAUAUUUGAGUUACGAUUUUUGGCCUAAAAUUACUCAUUCCAUGAUAUACAAACAACCUCCAAUAGAUGGCGCUAUAGUCUGGCAGCACGCUCUGCAUUUGGGCCUACAGUCAGAUUCAGAAUGCGCUUAGUCAACAGAGCCACUUCAUUGCACAGGAUGAGAGUACUGACAUCAGAGACACUGCUCAACUUUUAAUUUUUGUCAGAGGAAUAAAUGAGAACUUUGAAAUAACAGAGGAACUUCUUGCAAUGGAUUCAAUGAUGGGAACAAGCAGGGGCUCUGACUUAUAUGACAAGGUGUCUGCCUGCUUGGAAAAAAUGAAUCUACCAUGGAGCAAACUGACAAACGUCACAACAGAUGGAUCACCAAAUCUAACUGCUAAAAACAUUGGCCUACUAAAAAGAUUACAAGACAAAGUAAAAGAAGAAAGCCUUAACUCUGAGGAAUUUAUAUUUAUUCACUAUAUUAUUCAUCAGGAAGCCCUGUGUAAACGUGUGUUAAAGCUGGAAAAUGUUGUCAAAGUGGUUGUAAAACUUGUCAACUUUAUACGGGCAAGGGGGUUUAGCCAUCGUCAGUUCAUUCAGCUGCUCAAUGACACAGAGGCAGAGCACCAGGACUUGUUGUACCAUUCAAAUGUGCGCUGGCUAAGCCUGGAAAAGUAUUUUGCCAUGUGUGGGAACUGAGAGGGGAGAUAGGUAUGUUCCUUGAAACGGUUGGUAAAGCUGACGACUUCUCAGAGUUGAAAAACACAGACCGGCUGGGCGACUUUGCUUUUGGUGUGGACAUAUUGGGGCAUCUGAACGAUCGAAAUGUCAAACUGCAGGGAAAUUGUAUUUUUGUGCAUGAACUGUAUUCCAACGUGAAAGCAUUCAAUGCCAAACUUAUGUUGUUCUCCAGACAAAUGAGCAGCCGGUCUCUCGCUCAUUUUCCGACACUGGCCGCACUGAACGCGCCCACAUCGCAUUGCUACACUGAGACAUACAGUAGCACUUUGAUCGACCUGCAUGCUGAGUUUUCCUGCCACUUCUCAGACUUCACCAAGAUUGAGACUGAGCUGGAGCUUGUAUCAUGCCCCCUGUCUUUCGACAGUGAGAAAGCACCACCAGACACACAAUUGGAGCACAUCGACAUCCAAUGUGACAGUGCUUUGAAGGAGAAGUACAAAACAGCAACAAUAGACCAGUUCUAUGGCUCAUUGAAUGAAACAAAGUUUCCAAACAUUAAAAAGCACGCCCAAAGAAUGCUUGUUUUAUUCGGGUCCACAUAUGUGUGUGAACAAAUGUUCUCAGUCAUGAAUUACAACACAGGUCAAAUUUAACAAAUGCUCAGCUGUUCUGAGCAUCUCUACAUCAAAGUUGACACCAGACUUUGAUGCCCUUGCCAAGAGAGGUGACCAGACCCAUUUUUCACAUUAAGACUCGAAUAACCGUGACUGGGGUAGGCAAGGAUUAUGCUUUUUCAUGGUGAUGGUUAGGCAGUGAGAAUUAUCCAGCAAUGCACUUGGAUACACUUAAUAAUUAAUCAGUCAGACUUGGGCUGAAGUGAUUGGAUAACUGUAAAUAUGGCUCACAAUGGAGAUGAGAAUUGUUCCUUAAUAUGCUUUCAAAAACAGACCAUUCCAAAUUAAGCGGAUGCUCUUACCAUAUGUUUCACUCAAAUUUUAAGAAUAGUUAGUUACAUGUCUCCAGUCAUAUAAUAUAUAUAUAUAUAUAUAUAUAUAUAUAUAUAUAUAUAUAUAUAUAUAUAUAUAUUUUAAAGUUUGCAUAUUGUGACUGUAAGUUUGAUUGUACUUUACAAGGGUAGAGAUGCAGGAUCUGUGUGUGUAUUUGAGUGUGUCUGUGAUGUUAUAAAUUAUAUCCAUUUUGUGAAAAUUGUUCACAAAAAACAAGGGUAGAGAUGGUACAAGGGUAGAAUUGUUCUGCAAGCAUAUGUACACCUACAGUACACUAGUAGUUGCGUGUCAAUGUGAAAAUGAAUAAAGGCUUCACAUGUUUUGUCACGCAUAUAGUAUGUGGCCUUUCACUUGGUUUCAAAAACUCAAUGUGGCCCUUGAGCCAAAAGGUUUGCCCACCCUAGCCCUUACACCCUAGCCCUUACACCCUAGCCACUGAUUUAGAUCUGAAACACAAGGACCUGCAUCUACAGUGGACCAAGGGCAUCAUCAAAGAUUUCUACAAACAGGUACAUCUAUUAGGUCUAGGUUUGCCAGAAGAUACCGACCCUACUGUUACGCUUGUUUACACUGAGCUGCACUGGGGUCAGAAUGCAAUCAUGGUUACAUUAAGACACCAUGGAGCCGGCGAGAGAUAUGCGUCAGAAAACAUACCUCAGUGCAGGAAUGGGAUAUGCCACUGUACUCUAAAUUGUACUUUUAUCCACACUGCUCCAUCGAGAAGAUUGAAAUUCUGCUAGUUUUCCCGGAAAACUGCCCUUUUCGUCCUCAUACUAGCUAGCAGUAGCCACCACUAGGGUGACCUGUAUUGAAUUGAAUAAACGUUAUUGAUCCCCAGAGUGGAAAUUGGGUGAAUGACGAUGACGAGAUGUAUACAGUUGCCUUGUUGUUGUUGUCUUUCUUGUGCACCCAUGUCCCACCCCAUGAAACUGCCUGAUCAUGAAAUGGUCAUUACACUACCUUCUGCAUAAAUAGCUAUGAUAGACUUGAGAGGGCGUAGAGGUGCAAUUAUAUUUCUCCAUCAAAUGACAUUGACAUGUGUUCCACUUGGUACUAAAAUAGAAGGCAGGCCACUUCAUUAGUCCUUCACAGUACUGCUUAGUGUGAAGAGGUACAGGUGCCUGGAAACAGCCCACUCUCCAGUAACAAUGCUGCUCAUUAGUCAGAGAAGGACAGGUGCCUAGCAACCACACCACUGAUCAGGAAGAGAGACUCUAAGUGGUCAGAGAGCGAUUAGCGUGUAGGCAGAGAUAUUAGAGAAAGGAGGAGAUAGGAAUCCUAUUGGGCAAUGAAUGGAGGAACGUAUAACACCCCACUUAGCAGACUGUCAACCAAUCUCAUUCACGUUGUCAUGCUGUGUCAUGAGGUUUGCUAAGCUAAUUGUCAUGCAAUCCCUUCUAAAAGUCAGGGUAUGAGUCGAGAAACCUGCCUAUUUUCCUCAAAAGUACGUAAUGUCACGAUUCCAAAGCUAUACGAUAUUGCAGAGACAAAGUUAAUUAUCUCACAUCUCGGAAAAUAUUUGUAAUGUUGUACUUAUUGUUCACAUAAUUCAUGCUAAUGUUAGGUUUUUGAACUAGCGCCCAAUUGACUCCCAUUUACUCCUUGAAGGAGUGCUCUUCUUGUCCCAGAAUCGCCCAGAAUGCACCGCGUGGCCCAUUGACGACGCAUGGGCAACGUAAACAAUGGCCGUUAAUACGAUUCCAAUGGAGUUUCCAUCUCCUCAAAAGCAUCUCUGGUGUAGUCCCAUCAUCAGAAUAGGUAGAACCAAUGGAUACUCCCAUUCAAAUCAAAGUUCUCUGAUGUGAAGUGUGGAAUCGUGGCCAUACUGGGUCUACCACUUCUGGAAUAUUCUAUGCCAGUGUUUCCCAAACCUAUCCUCGGGUACCCCAAGUCAGUCCACUUAUUUGAUGUAUUUCAGAACUAAAACUUUUAACUAAUAAGGGGCUUGAUGAUUAGUUUGACCAUCUAAUAAGUGGACUGGUUGGGGGUACUCAAUGAGAAAAACACCAUUCUAUUCAGUGACCAUUGAGGAAUAAUGUGAAAUGUAGAACUACUUUUGUUCUUUGUCGUGGAAAAUUAUCACUAUACUUAUUAAAAUUCAAAGUUCUUCCAGAGUUUUUGAAGAAUCAAGAUAGACUGCAGAGCAACUAACUCACAACACUCGGCCCUCAGUUUAUAUACAAUGUCCAUUCCUGCUCGUUUUACAUACUUUUUAGCUUAAAACCCUCCCAGUUCAGUUCUCCACCAUUGUUUCCAAACGUUCAUCUUUUGACCGCUCCACCCACUCUCUUAAUUUAUGAUAGUGGUGAAAUCGGACUUCUCCUCCUAUAUUUAUUUAGUUUGGAUACAAUGGUGGCCAAACUAAACUUUCUCAUGUAAAAAAUAACAGAGCCAUCUCCCGGCUGUGCUCUGUUUAUUCCAACACUCAGUUGGUCAAUGAAUAUCCACAUACCAUUUAUUAUUCUCUUCCUAAUGCAAUAUUGGGCAUGCCCUUUUCUCCACCAGACAUAGAAGCUUCAAGCAACCUCAAUAAAGUCCCUUUCCUGACACUUCCUCAACACAGAAAAGGCUAUUAUUUGCAGGAUUUCUUAUUAUUGUCCGAUCACUCACACAGAUGUGCAGCCACUCGUGCUUAAAUGAAUCAGACAGAAUGACCAGCAGGACAAACAAAUGAAUCAGAAGAAUUGAACAAAUACAUCAGAUGAACAACUGAGUGAAUUUGACAGAUUGAAUGCACGAAUUGAGUCAGACCAGUGGACAAAGAUGAAAGAGCUGCUUUCGCAAACCCAAGCAAGUCCAAACCAGUCUUGUACAAAACGAGUCAGACAAAACAAUCGAACAAAACUAAUUGAUCAAGCUGACCAAAUGAGCAACCUGAAUGAGACAGAGGAAACAUACAACUUAAUCACAACUGAAUGAAUCACAGCCGCUCAAGCAAACCAUUCACCCACACGAGAUGAGCAGACCUACUCUAUUUAACACUUUCUCUAUAUUUUGAAGCCCUAGUGGCUAUUUCACAACCGUUCACCUACUCUGGAUGACCAGCGCUACUUCCAAUUUAUGGUGUCACCUACUCAGGAUGACCUACUUUUUUACCCGAUUGGCCCUGUCUAAUUAUUGCAUCACCACCACAGGAUGACGCAUCACCUACCCGAGCAGCCUCUAACAAUGAAUUCCACGUUAGAGCGGUAAAUGUGGUACAUAACAGUAUAAUCAAUCAAGAGCCAUCUCCUGACUCUGGCUCAGACUCCCUCCUUGUGGACCACUUGGUACCACACUCCACAUCACUUAGUCUUAUUGCCUCAUCCUCUGUACCACUCUGUACCACACUCUGUCUUUAUAAUUAGCUAUAUUUUAACCUUUAUAGUCUAGAAAGAUUUACUAUUUUUAACCUAUGGUCUGAUCUUGGGUACUACUCGGUACCAUGGCUCUGUAUGAUCUACUGAAAAAAUACCCAACAUCUUCUGUUUCUUUAUCAGUAAUGUUGAUGUAACACCCAUCAAUACACAUUAAUUGAAGAAGCCAUCCUUGUAUGUAGGCAAUGUACUGCAUAAUGCAUCAUCUCUUCAAAAUGGGACCCUGGCAUUGAUGGAGAGAAAAUUAGAUUGUCACUUGGAAUGGAGAGUGUUGAUUUAUUGACAAACAAAAUGCACAAUAUGUCACUCUACAGUGAUAGGAGCACCAAGUGUGUAGGUUAUCAGUGCUACUGUGAUUGACAGUGCAGUCAUCUUGUUUUUGUCUGUCUGUUUCUUCAAAGCCUGAGCUCACUCAAUGAUAAAACCCAAACCCUUGUUCAAAUGUCAGAUCUGCUUGCGUCCUUGGAGAGAGAGGGAGGAAGAGAGAGAGAGAGAGAGAGAUAAAGGGGGAGGGAGGGAGAGAUAGAAAGACAGGGAAGUGAAAGACAGGGAGGAGAGAGAGAGGAAAAGAGAGAGAGAGAGAGAGAGAGAGAGAGAGAGAGAGAGAGAGAGAGAAAGUGUUGUUGUACUGCAGUAUAGCUGACCUACUUGUGUCAUCAGUGACAGUCCUCAUUCACACAGACAGCGAUACAGCAGCAGCAACACAUCAGAUCACAGAGCACUCAACUGCACUGACUGCACUAUCCCUCAAGACAUGCACACAAAGAACACACACAGGAGAACACACACAUAAACACACUAGGGUCAGUAGUAGGAUACCCACAAUCCUAACGCUGACCAUUAAUGCGGUGAAAACAGCUUAAAGAUCUGACCCUGUAUCAGUGGUUAGGUUGUAACUUUACCUUCUCCUUGACACCUGUCUUUAGAAGACGUUUAAAUGGUUCAAUAUGCCCCUCUACUCUAGAGUAGCACCUCUCUCUCUUUCUCUUUUACCCCCUCUCUCUCCCUCUUCACUUCAGACACUAAUUUCAGUCCACUGCACUGACUGACGAAAGCUCCGCUGGUUACUAUGGCAACAGGAGACAUUGCCUGCUGCGGUCCACUUUGAGUGUAUAAGCCCCUGACGUCAAUAGACACAUAUAUAUGUAUAUAUAUGUAUCCUGCUAUACAUCACUUUACUAUACAUGCAUAUACAUGAUAUUGUCAGUCAGCCAAUGCUGGACCUAUAGAUGAACUUGCAGGCUUCCUCUAGAUUGACGUGUGUGUUUUGCUGUUUAUCUUCUUGACCCAGUUUGCAGCUUUGAUUAUUCAGUAGCUAAUCCCACAGGCUCUGAGCGCUGGUGGUUGCUGGUUGCUGUUGGUUUACCAGCUUAGAGACUGGCUGGCUGGUGAAUAAUAAAAGGAGAGAGUUACAAAUGGUGGUAUGUUUUCUACCAUCAAUUAGAAUGCAGUUGAAUGUAGUUUUACAUCAUUUCUGAUGGUCAUUUUCUCUCUCUGUGUACAUUUACAUUUUAGUCAUUUAGCAGACGCUUUUAUCCAGAGCGACUUACAGUUAGUGCAUACAUAAUUUUUUUCAUACCCCCUGUGGGAAUCGAACCCACAACCCUGGUGUUGCAAACGCCAUGCUCUAUCAACUGAGCUACAUGUAGUAGUAUCUUAGCUGUGACUCCCUCAGUGCAUUUGAUUCAAAUUUCCCUCAUAUCAUUGGCUGGUUGAUUGAUUGAUUGACUUUCCUCAGAUAGUGUCAAAUGGUGAUGUAAAGAGGUAAUUCAUAUUAUAUUUACAUUUGUCAUUUAGCAGAAGUGCUUACCCAGAGUGACUUAGUUAGUGCACAACCAUAUAUCACAGUCAUAGUAAGUACAUUUCUUCUCAAUAAAGUAGCUAUCAGCAAAGUCAGUGCUAAUAUGAAAAGACAAGUGUUUAAUAAAGGUUAAAAAAAAAUGGGGGGGGGGGGUGGGGUGGUGCUGUUGGAUUAAUCAUAAUACUUUGUGAAGAGGUGGGUUUUCAGACGUUUAUAUCUAACAUUCUGCCAUGUUUACCCAUACUGCACCACUCCUCAGGGCGAUGAGGAGGCAAGUCUGGGCCUUCCCAUCAGCCCCUUCAUGGACCGCUCUGCGCCACAGCUCGCCAAGCUCCAGGAGUCCUUCAUCACGCACAUUGUGGGUCCGCUCUGUUCCUCCUACGACUCCGCCGCCCUCAUGCCGGGGAACUGGGUCGACCCCGCCGACGCACGGAGGAAGGAGGGAGAGGAGGUGGGGGAACGAGAGACAGAGGGGGAAGAGGAGGAUACAGCAGAGGAGGAUGCAUCGACUAGCUCUGAGAGUUCCCGUAAGAGCAUGUUGACGUUCAUGUUGAACUUCUUUGAGUUGAAAGAACUCAGUUAACAGAAACCUAUUGAAAUCAAAGCUCAGCUUGAAAUGGCCCAGGUAUUGAGUUGUUGACAUAGUGCCCAUCGAUAAUGCAUGUAGUGGAUUUAAGCAAUAAGGCCCAAGGUGGUGUGGUAUACUGGCAUGAAAAAAAGUGGAUUGCCUGGAUACAGCCCGUAGCCGUGGUAUAUUGGCCAUAUACCACAAACCCCUACGGUUACCAACAUUAAUAGAACAGUAAACAAGUAAGCCAAGUCAGCCAAUAAGCAUCCAGGUUUAUAAUUAGUAGUAGAUGCAGAAGCCUCAAAAACACGAGGCUACCUGGUCUGCCUUAAGUGUAUUUGGUCUUCCCAGGUUAUCAGACCCUGCUUUGUAACCCCUGUCCAGAGGUUGUAUAAUAAGGGUUUGCAUGUACAGUAUAAGGGGAUAGAGAUGUAGUAGGUUUUGUUUUGAGUGAUUGUUUUCUUCUUCUCUACAGAGAAGAACGUGGUGAAGCUUAAGAAGAGCAGGAGGAGAGUGUUCUGUCCCAUCACUCAGCACCUACUGGACAACCACGAAAUGUGGAAGAGAGUCAUCGCCUCUGAAACCCAGGACACGCCAGAUAGAGAGGCGCCUAACUGCCACAGCAACCCCGCCGAGCCAAUCACAGCCAUCCACGAGGAGGAGGAGGAGCCAGCCAGCAAGGAGGAGCCAAUAGAUGUCCAGGGAGAGGAGACAGAAGGGGAAGAGACGGGGCUUGCAGAGGAAGAGGAAGUGGCCAAGCAA